AUGGCUGAACAAAGAACACUAAGGCAGCUUGCUGCUCCUGAUGUCAAUUACAAUGGUCUAUGCAUCCAAUAUACUGACGUUGAUAUUCCUUUUGAAUUGAAAUCUGGUUUGAUACACUUGUUGCCCAAGUUUCAUGGUCUUGCAGGUGAGGAUCCGCAUAAGCAUUUGAAGGAAUUUCAAGUUGUUUGUUCUACACCAUUGAGGCCUGAAGGUAUAACAGAAGAUCACAUCAAGCUCAGAGCUUUUCCAUUCUCGCUCCAGGGUGCUGCCAAAGAUUGGCUGUACUAUCUUGAGCCGAAUUCUAUCACAACUUGGAAUGAUUUGAAGAAGGUCUUUCUAGAGAGAUACUUUCCCGCUUCUAGAGCUGCGUCAAUCAGAAAAGAAAUAUGCGGCAUUAGGCAGGGAAACGAAUCAUUGGCAGAAUACUGGGAAAGAUUCAAGCAGCUAGUUUCUAGUUGUCCUCAACACCAGAUCACCGAGCAAUUACUCAUCCAGUAUUUCUAUGAGGGGUUGCUACCAAUGGAUAGAAACAUUUUGGAUGCUGCUAGUGGUGGAGCACUUGUUGAUAAAACUCCAGCUGCUGCAAAGGCCUUGAUCGAGAACAUGUCACUCAACUCGCAACAGUUUACAACUAGAAAUAAUUCUGCAAGUGUGAAUGAGGUUCAGUCUUCCUCUCCUUCCAUCAAGGCGCUCGAAACCAAGUUUGAUGCUAGAAUUGAUGAACUUACUUCCUUGGUGAAACAGUUGGCAGUUAAUAGACCUCAAAUAGCUAAAGUGUGCGGCAUUUGUACUUCUACUGAACAUCCAACCGACACAUGUCCUAUUCUGCAGGAUGAAACAAUAACUGAGCUACCUCAAGCAUAUGCAGCAGCAGCAGCCCUUUACAAUCAGAACAGGUACAACAAUCCUGACCUCUCCACCAACCAGUAUCAUCCUAGUUGGAGGAAUCAUCAAAACCUCAGAUACGGUAAUCAGUCACAGGCUGCAGCCCCCUCUGCCCCACCAGCCAUCCCUUCACCUUCAUUGGAGGACCUUGUCAAGCAAAUGGCUACAAGUAACAUACAGUACCAACAACGAACAGAUGUUAGCAUUCAGAACUUGACAACUCAGAUGGGGCACAUGACAACACAGAUGGGACAAAUGGCUAAUGCAAUAGGCCAAUUACAAGCUCAGGGCUCUGGUAACCUUCCUGCACAAACAGUGCCGAAUCCGAAUGUGAAUGUGAGUGCAAUUACUUUGCGAUCUGGAAGAGUGUCAGAACCAGCACCAGAGAAAAAGAAGAAGAAAACCGUUGCAUCAUCAUCUGCUCCUGAACCUCCUUCUGUUACAACUGAGACCGAACCCGAAAAAGAAAGAGUAUAUGUGCCACCAAUUCCUUUUCCUCAAAGGGUGCAGAAAAAUAUCAAGAAGACAGUUGAGGAAGACAAGGAGAUUUUAGAUGUAUUCAGAAAAUGUGCGGUUAACAUUCCUCUCCUUGAUGCAAUUAAACAGAUUCCUAAAUAUGCAAAAUUCCUGAAAGACUUGUGCACACACAAGAGGAAGUUGAAGGGAAAUGAGAGAGUCAGGUUGGGACGAAAUGUUUCUGCUUUCAUUCAGCCCAAAACUGGUUCCUCAGCUAAUGUCUCAGUUCUCAGUCAAACCAUGCCAGAAAAGUGUGAUGAUCCAGGAGUUUUUGCUAUUCCCUGUUCCAUUGGGGAUCACAAGUUUGAAAAUUGUAUGCUUGAUCUGGGAGCAGGUAUUAAUGUUAUGCCUAGUUCUAUUUAUAAUAACCUUGAUCUUGGUCCUUUGCAGCCUACAGGUUUAAUCGUACAAUUAGCAAACAGGAGCAAUGCCCGCCCUGCUGGGAAGGUAGAAGAUGUCCUGGUGCAAGUUAAUGACUUGAUUCCACUACUACAAAAAAGGGCUUUUAUAGCGUUUUUUUUUGGCUUUUAUAGCAUUUAA